GAUGGCCGAAAAAAAUCAGUUUCAUUCGCAAGCUGUUGCAACUCAUUUCACAAACUCAACCUACGCACUGUGAUAUUUUCAAUAGAUCAGUGCCAACACUUCGAACAUCCAUCGAUCUAGAAUUAUCGUCUCAUUGUUUCGCUCACGAGAGAACAUUGAGGGAUCAUCAUCAUGAUUUUGGCAGCUCGAAAACAUCUCUUUGCUACCAAUAUCAUAUUCUUCUUCAUCAUUUUCGUCAUUCAGAAAUUCAUUCAGCUUUUCUGCAUCAUCGAGGAGAAGGCCUGCAAAAAUGCCAAUUGUCCCGGGGACAAACGAUGUGAUGAACGUUGUGUUGUAUCAACUGGUGUUGUCCCAACAUCUUCAUCACCAGCACCCACUAUGGCAGCUGCAGGCCUACUGAGUUCCUCGUCCACAUCCUCAUCCAAUUCGACUCCAUCACCGUCACCACCACCAUCGCCAACACCCCCAGUGAGAGGUCUAAGACUGAUUCCAAUGGCCAUGCGUAAGAAUUUGCGUAAUUUCGGAUUCGGCGAAGGUCACUUCCAACUGUUCGUCGAAGAGAAACAACGCCAGAAGUACAUAUCGAAAUCGCGCCUGAAUGCGGCCGUAGCUGAAGUCAAACUCAAUCCCAAUUAGCUAAACCGCCAACAUUUGCAUCAGAGUAAUUUGGACAAA